UGGUUGACAAGUCAUGAGAAAUCAACUUUAUUUGUUUAUUUUUCAUUUAUUUAAAACGUGUAACGUAUGAUCUACUAAAGUAUUGUUGACAAAGAAAAGCAGUUACAAUGACUGCAGUUCCACAAACAAAAAGAGCCUGGAAACUCCAGGAGUUUGUAGCCCAUGGGGGGAAUGUCAACUGCCUGGCCAUUGGUCAGAAGUCCGGCCGGGUGAUGGUCACUGGUGGUGAGGACAGAAAGGUCAACCUGUGGACUGCUGGCAAGCCAAACUGCAUUAUGCCUGGUUCAAACAUUGAUGAAUUUGAACCAGUAUUGAGCUUGGCUGGUCACACAACAGCGGUAGAGUCGGUUCGGUUCUCCAACUCUGACGAGAUGGUGGUUGCAGGUUCGAUGUCAGGAGCCCUUAAAAUAUGGGACCUUGUUGAAGCCAAAAUUUUGAGGACAUUGACCGGCCACAAGUCUAGUGUACGGAGUCUGGACUUCCAUCCAUAUGGUGACUACACAGCAUCUGGUUCUCUGGACAGCACUGUCAAAUUAUGGGACAUCCGGCGUAAGGGCUGCAUCUACACAUACAAGGGUCACACCAACCCUGUAAACACCCUGAGGUUCAGUCCUGAUGGGAAAUGGAUCGCUACUGGAGGGGAGGAUGGACUCAUUAAGAUCUGGGACUUGACGGCUGGGAAGUUGCUUACAGACCUACGGCUACAUACGGCAGGAAUUAAUGUCAUAGAGUUCCAUCCUAAUGAAAUGCUGCUAGCUUCAGGAAGCUCCGAUAAAACUGUAAAAUUCUGGGACCUUGACACAUUCCAACUAAUAUGCACAACAGAACACGAUGCGAACCCAGUUAGGUGUAUAAAGUUUGAUCCAGAGGGUGCAUGCCUGUAUACGGGAGUGAAGGAUUUCCUCAAGGUGUAUGGCUGGGAGCCCACCCAGUGUUAUGACUCUGUGCCCAUUGCCUGGGGAGAGGUGGCCGACAUUGGCAUCACCUCAUCACAACUAAUUGGUGCUUCGUUUUCCAAGACUAACGUGUCUACAUUUGUGAUAGAUCUGAAGAGGUUACAUCCACAUGGUGGAAUCCCUCACGAGGAAGGAGGCCAACAGGGCCAACCGGCCCAACAGGGCCCACCCCUUUCCAGCAGUCAUGGUCGACGCAGCUUCCUCACAGAGCGGCCUCCAACACAGUCUUCGAGACAGGCAAGUGUUCCAAAAGAGGAUGUGGAGGAGCCAAAUAGCGCCAGUCCAGACCAGGAGGACAGGGAGUCCGUGGCAGAUAUACGUGACCCAAAAGACUACCAGGAGAUUUUCAAUCCAAGACACAGGCUAGACCAUUCCCCAGGGAGAACCCAGGAACCAUUCCAGGCACCGCAGGAAGAUGAGGUAUUCCCCGAGCCGGUGCCAGUAAAACAGCCAGCCCAACCUUCUGUUCGGGCCGGUCGUCCCCCAACAUCUAGUAGAAUCCAGCAGGCACGUCAAAAACGUGAGCUCCCCCCGACAGCCAAGCCCAGUAAACCUGUAGAUGUUCCACAACCAAAGUCUGAGCCCAAAGAAGCCCCGAGAGAGGUUGAGCGUGCUCCCAGGGAGGUUGAUAGACAGCCUGUGGCUCAACCUCCAGUGAAUCAGAGACAGACCUCGCCAGCUGGUGUUGAUCCUAAUGACUUUUUGCCAGAUGAUGCAAGGGUUGGAGCCAGUGCUAAAAAGAUGGAUGAGAGCGCGUUUCUUCAGACAGCUGAGCAAGGGCACCAAAUCAUGUCCUCUGUACUAACCAGCAGAACCAAAAACCUACAGACCAUCCGUGUUAUGUGGACUUCUGGAAAUAUUAAGACUGCUAUAGACUCAGCUAUCAGCAUGAACGACAAAUCUGUGAUUGUAGAUGUUCUCAAUGUACUCAAUGCUAGAUCUGGUUUAUGGAACAUGGACAUUUCCGCUUCCCUGCUUCCCCAUAUCAAGGAACACAUCAGCGGAAAAUAUGAAGUGCACGCAGAGGUGGCAUGUGAAUCUUGUAAGAUUAUCCUGAAGAAUUUUGGACCCCUUAUCAAGGCUAACCUGACAGCCCCUCCAUCAUACGGGGUCGACCUUUCCAGGGAAGAGAGGUACAGAAAGUGCACAGCGUGCUACAAGCAACUGAUGGACAUCAGGCAAGUCGUAGAGAAGAAAUGUACAUUACCAGGAAGUGCCGGGGAAAUGUUCCGACAACUCCAGAUCAUGCUUGCGACUCUUGAAUGAUGAAAUGGAUGAAAGAUGAUACUCAUUCAAAAUAAAAUCUGGAUUCUGGAAUGUUCCUUUAAUAAAGGAAAUGAUAUAAAAGAAUCUUGCUUAAUUCAGCAGUUUUGUGCAAAAAACAAUUUGAAAAGAAUCUUUCUCAGCGUUUUUAUGUAUGAACUCUUAAUAGUGGUAAAUAACCACACGUUGUGAGUUAUGGAUGUGAAAUGUGGGGAUUCUACUUUCCAGUCGGUCAUCACCAUGCUGUCUUUCAGUAGUGGAGUAUACUUAUAUGGAAGUAUUAAAGUCCAAGCUACAUUUUCUUUGUAAAAAUAAACCAAAUUUCUUAGGAAAGGAUAAAAAAAACAGACACUUAAGUAUUACACACGAACAGCGUAUCGAGCUAUGCAUGGAUAAUCUCGUAUAGAAAAUAUGUGCUUACUGUUGACAGUGACAUUUGUGAUAAACCACUAGUGCUAUGACUUAAGUUUAUACUAUGUGAUAUACAGACCAACUAAUAUGGGUUGUGGAAAUAACCAUAACAUAACUUGAUAUUGUCUAGACUAAGUGUCUCAAAAACCUUAAGUGUGCCCUGAAUAUUUUGGCAGGUUGUAUUUUAUUUGAUCUUUUUUUGUCAGAGUUGCAGUUAUUUAUUGUGUUCAUGUUUGAACUUUGCAGCCUUGAAGAAUCUGAUGUUCAUGGUUUUUGUGCCAUUGUUUGCAAAUGUUAAAUAUUGAAGCCUGGUGAACUUUUGCGAUUUUUUGGAUCAUUUCAAAGGGUAUUGCAUACUAAUUGCUAAUAUGUAAAAUAAAUCACAGAAAAAAGCGUUAAAGAUAUAGUUAUUGCAGUGUGUGGUUUUGUUCUUUAUUAAUAUUUCAACUGAAGUCAACAGGUGAUAUGUUUUUUACACUUUCUUAUAGCCAAGAUAUAUGUUUGGGAUGUUUUUGCAAAUUAUUUCUCUUAUAGAACCCUUUCAAUUGACACCUUGAGCAAAUCAGAGAUUCACCAGGCAUUCAAAAUUGACAAAAUUGUAUAUCAAAUACCUUAACAUCAAAUUUAAUGUAUAGACAAACCAUAAAUGGCUAAAAAAUGGCAUGGCUGUAUCAUUUCAAAUCAGCACAAUGAUUUUCAUAGUUGGAUAAAUCUGUUUCUGAGAGGCAUAUUUCAAAUACUUAGCACUCAUGUCUCAAGUAUCAUAAAUAAUAUAUGGCAUUAAUUGAUGUAUAUAUAAUCUGAAAAACUUUCCAUUUAUAUGCAUAUGUAGAAACUAUAUUUUUCAGUAACAUUGUAUCAAGUCAUAUUCAAGUUAUAACUGUUAAUACAGUUCUGUGUAAUGGGUCCGUUUUAAGAUCUAGUAUUAUUUAUUUUUUCAUUGAAGAAUGCACAUUAAAUAAUUUUUUUGUUUCAUACAUGCAUUGUUUUCAAACAGUUUGGUUGUCAGAAAAUUUAACAGUUUAAAUGCCCUUUUACAGUGAAAUGAGAUUAUUAACAUUUUAUGAAAUAUAUAAAUCAAUUGAAAAACUUUGCUAAAAGUUGCACGUUUUUAAAUUCAGUUUUUAACUGGGUGUUGUCCUUUUAUAAUCUUUAUUUUCAGAAAUAUCACAAUGAUUUUGUAAAGGUUUUGCUUAAUUUAAUUGCACUAUCUCUGAUUACUUCAUAUUAUUGUUGUGCAUUGGCUUUCGAGGAUAACCAGAUUUUCUAUAUGAUAGGCCGUGCCAAAUGGAUUCUAUGUUUACUGUCAUGAGGCUGGUAAGUUUUUAGCAAUUGUUAAAGAUUGUAUGAACAAAAAUAAAUGGAUUGAUGAAUCACAGUCACAUAAUUAUUUAUUUGGUGUAAGUACAAUUGAACAAUCUUCCAAGUUUUUAGUGGUUUACAUUAUGUUGUGUAAACUACCCAGGCACUGAUCAAUAAUGGUUGACUCCUUAUUUACUGAAAUAAAUGUAUUGGGAAACUUGAGAAAUACUGCCUUCUCAUUGGACAAAAUAGAAUGUUGACCACUAAGUCCCCUAAAAUUAAACUAAACAAAAACAAAACAUUUACAUUUAUCUUAAAAAAAAGAAAAGUAUGAUUUUCUUGAGCUUCAUAGUUCACAGAAAUGAUAUACUGGGAGAAAUCUAAUUUUCUUAAAGUAUGGACUUGUAAAAAGUUAAUAGUUUAAACAUAUAUUAUUCAUGUACUAAUGCAAGGAAAAAUAUUUAGACUUAAAGAUUUGUUGAGCUUAGUGUGUAACAAGUCAGGUUAUCAAGGGAGAUGAACAAGAGAACAAGGGAGGCAGAGACAAAAGGUGGGUAUUUAAUGUAUAUGAUGCCAUAUUAUGAUCUUCGUUAGUGAAAUCUGCUAUCAGAGAUAUUUAUUAUAAGAAGAGUAAUACUUGUUUUCUCUAUGGCACUUUUUCUGCCAUGUAGGUAGGUUUUAAAAAUUGGAACCCUGGACUAAACAUAGAAUCAAUUUGGUAUGGCGUUAUAAGGCUUAUUUGAUAGAAGUGUUUGCCUAUGUUUUGUUUAGCGGUACAUCAGCUUGAUUUAUGGUUUAGGCUGCUGUUUAUUUUGCCUAUUAAUUCCUGUAUUUUUGUAUCUCAGACUCAGCUAUUCCAAUUUUGAUUUGCUUCAUCUUUUAUUUUGUCAUGUCCAUUACCAUUUUUAGCUCGGCCAGUGAUCAAUGGUCGAGGAUUUGUGAUAGUCUUAGUGUCAUAGUCUUGGUGUCGUUGUUGGCUUUACUCCAAUGCCACAACUUUAACCUUGGCAAUAACUCAUCAACCAUUUAAGAUAUUCAAAUGAAACUUGGUUUUCAUAUUGUCAGAGACAAUUAAACAUGCAAAGCAAACCCCAUAACUCUUGCUUGAGUAAAUAUCGAGUAAUCCCCCUUUGAUGGGUUAAAAAAAAAUAGACAAGCAUUGUCAUUCAUUCCAUGUGGCUCUUGUUGCUUGAAUGCAUGUAUUUGUGCUGGAAUUAUUUUGCAGGGUCUUAUUUUUGUAAGUAGAUCUGUCAUUUGUUUACCUUUGGUAAUCGGAAAGGUUUUAAAUCAAAACACUCUUAUCAGACUGAUAUGUUAAAAGUUUAAUUUCAAGUUUGACAAUACAUGCACUGUAUAAAACAAAAAUAUUGCUUUUGUUACUGAUUGUUAAGAACUGAAAUGAUAUGAUACAUAGAAAUUUGUAUUUGCUCAACUGUAGGCUGAUAUCGAAAAAUUAGAAAUAAAUGGAUUUUAAAGGGUAUAGAAAUUUACAGAUAAAUCACAAGCAUACAAUGACCAUGCAUGUGGAGUUCGUCUGAACGUAUAGAAUGCACGCGGAGAAAAGCAUUCGUUACCGUCCAUUUGUCAUUGUAUCAUUUUUCUUCACAUUUUGUUAUAAUAGCACUCUUGACAGAAUAAAGUAAACAUGCGACAA